CUGAACAGGAUGUUUUUAAGGUAUUAUACGGGAACGAUCAUUCAAAUGGCUGGUGUUGAAGAUCCGCAUACCACUAUCUGGCUAUCGUCAGUGGUUGGCGCCGUGUUUUUCUUGUGUACGUUUGUGCCGAUGGCUUUGAUCGAGCGUACUGGACGUCGUCUUCUGCUGUUGAUCUCAGUGGCUGGUGUUGCAUUAUCGCUGAUUCUUUUGGGCGUAUCAUUUCUGCUUGUCAACAUCGAUUCCAUGCAAACAUACAACCAUCUCGAUGCUAACUCAUCGAUACCAUUCAUUAAAUCAUGCUCUCUUUAUAGCAAUUGCGAUUAUUGUGUCACUGAUGAACAUUGUGGAUUUUGCUUCUCGAAGAAUGUAUCACAUUCUAGUAUGUGUGUACCGGUGAACAUAGAUGAUAUUCACGUGUCAACAGCAGGACCGUGUCAGACGACGUCCUCUCAAACGAACAAUUCACUCAUAUUUCAUAGUGAAUUUUGUGAAACCAAAUAUACGGUGAUGCCGAUCGUUUUCAUGGUUGUUUACAUCGCAUUCUUUGCCGUUGGAUUCGCUCCGCUCGCAUGGGCGCUAAAUGCCGAAUUCUAUCCACUUUGGGCCAGAAGUACGGGAUGUGCUCUAUCGACAUUCACAAACUGGAUAUUCUCAUUGGUCAUAUCGCUGACGUUCCUGAGUCUCGGACAGGCAAUCACCAAAUAUGGUGUUUUCUUCCUGUAUGGCGGUAUUACAGUGCUCGCGUUCAUUUUCGUGUUCUUCUGCAUUCCCGAAACAACCGGAAUAAGCAUCGAAGAGGUGGAGAUGCUGUUUAUGUCGAAACAUAAGCGUCGAGAAACUGCGCAGUCGAGACGAAUGACCGACGUUAGCGCUGUAAUCAGAAAAACGAAGGAAGAAACAAUUGUUCACUGA